AUGAAGCCUGCUCGGUCCUUCUCGGGCGUGAGGCAGGCCGCCUUGCUGUGCCUGCUGGCGCUUCCCGAAGGGCCGUCGGCGGCCGACGCGGCCGCCGCCGCCUCCGCCCAGCUCGGCCGCGUCGGCCGCCUGCCCGCGCCCAGGUCCGCCCCCGCGUCCCGCGCGCUGCUGCGUCACCCGGAGGCGCGAGCGCGCGGCCGCGCGGCGGGGGGCGCCGACGUCCUUCGUGCCGUCGGAGGCCACCGGAGGCUGCCCCGACGCCUCAGGGCCACCCUGCUGCAGGCCAUGGGCGGAAGCCGUCGCGCGCGGCUGGGGCUCCGCCAGAACCGCUCGGGGAGGGCCGAGGUGGAUGCAGCCAAGGCAGCGCUCGGCCAGCUGGUAGAGGAGACGACCCAGAAGCUGGACAUCGAGCGCGUCAGGUGCUCCGAGUAUAAAGACCGGCAGAAGCGAAUCCUCGAGGAGGCUUGGCAGGACAUCGCCGCCCUCCACUCAGGCGCGGUGGCAGCCCGCGCGAAGAUUCUGAGGGCCCAGUACGGCCUCCACCAGGCGCAGAGCGAGCUGCCGAAGCUGCGGGACUCCAUGGACGCGCACAGCCGGAAGUGCAGCUUUGCCCACGACUCCCUGCAGGGGCAGAUUCAGAUGCUGGCCGGCGACCUCGGAGCGCUCGGCGACCUGGGCGUGUGCACGGACGCUGCGUCGCUGCUCCAGUGCCGCCACUCCUCGCGCAGGCACGGCCACCACCACGACAAGGUCCUUGUCGCCUUCGGCAACGAGGUCUCCGCCCGAGUGCGAUCUAAGUUCACCCGUUCGGCCCUUCAGCAUGCGUUCCAGAGGGCAAACGCGGCGAGGACCGACGGCGACCUGGCGACCGCGCUGCUGGAGACCACCAGGCAGAGCCGGCGACUGCGCCGCGGUCGCACGACAGCUGGCAGCUCCCGGCUGGGCCUGAACACGUCAAGCUGCACGAGGGCGCGCAGUGCAGACUGUGGCACCAUGAACGCCGAGUUCUUGAAGGUGCAGGCGGGCCUCAUCGACAAGUGGGAGGACCUGAAGGAGGAGCUCGGGCGGAACCAGGCCGACUGCGAGGCCGCCGCGCGCUCCUUCGGGGCGCAGAUCGCCACCUUCCAGGCCCAGCAGCGGGACGGUAACGUUGCGCUCGCCGAUGGGACGAAGGACUUGAACCUGAAGGAGGGGGAGGCUCGCAUGAAGAGCCUCCAGGUCGCCGACCUCCAGAGGGACCUCGAGAAGACGACCGAGGCUUGCCAGGCCAGCGUGGACAGCUUCGAGAGCGAGCUGUGCAGCCUCCGGGCGGUUCGCGUGGAGGUGGACAAGAUGUCCGGUGGCGACGGUGCCUUCCAAGACUGCGCAGUAACCGAUUGGGUGCCCGAAGCUUGCUCGGCCACCUGCGGCGGGGGCACCCAGGUGCUGCGGAGGCAGACCGUCUCGCCCCCGAGCAGCGGCGGCGUCGGGUGUCCCCCGCUGGAGCUCGAGCGCAAGUGCGCGGAGCAGCCCUGCCCGGUGGACUGCGAGCUGGACUCCUGGAGCGAAUGGAGCGCGUGCAGCGCGGCGUGCGGAGGCGGCGUCAGGCAGCGCAUCCGCAACCCCAGGGUCGAGCCCGCACAUGGCGGCCAGGCCUGCGAGGAGACCGGCGAGACGGAGGGCUGCAACCUCGAGGCGUGCGACCGCGAGUGCGAGCUGUCCGACUGGAGCGAGUGGUCCACGUGCUCCAAGAUGUGCGGCGGUGGCUCGAUGGCCCGUGGCAGGGAGGUGAUGACGGAGGCAACGGGCGGCGGCACGUGCCCAGACUCGGACGGUCGGUUGGAGCACGUGCCCUGCAACAUGCAAAACUGCACAAACGCCACCGUCCCCGACGCUGGCGUCCUUUGCCGGUCCAAGCUCGACGUCGUUCUUGCCAUCGACGGGAGUGGCUUCCGCAACGACGGAGACUGGGCUCACGUGAUCAAUGCGAGCGUCCAGCUUCUGAACCGGUUCACUGGAGGUGCCGAGCUGGCUAGAGUGGGAGUCCUGCUGUUCAGCGGCCCGUCUGACCUCGCCACUUACCGGGCCUGCACACAGGGCAUGGGCCAGGCCGCGCCCGACUUGGAGACCCAGUGCCGGUUCACCUGGCCGAGCCGCCUCACAGAGGACAUCGCCUCCGCCGCUGCGGCAGUCGCCGAGCUGCCGCGGCCCGGGGGCACGGCGCUGACCGCGAGGGCCGUCAUGGCGGCGAUGCAGGAGCUCCGGGGCAGCCGGCACGGCGCCGAGUCGGUCAUCGUCGUGUUGACAGACGGCGCGCCCAUGAGCUCCCGGGCGAUGGGGCAGGUGGCGUCCAAGGUCCGCGGCACCGCGCGGCUGAUGUGGGUGCCGGUCUCCUCGCGGGCGCCCCUCGAGCAGAUCAGGGCCUGGGCUUCCCGGCCGGUCGAGGAGAACGUGCUCCCAGCCGCAGACGCCGCCGCGUUGCAGGAGGCACCAGCCAUCACGCGGAUCGUCUCCAGCAUCUGUCCGAAGCUAUCCGGCAUCGUCCAGGGUUGA